AAAUUUUGACAUUCCGAAUAUUCUCGAUGGGUAACCGUCGCAGGAAGUCAACCGACAACUGUAAACUAAAUCGAAUUGGGUUUCAACGUACUUUCAUACGUUCAGAAAUCAAACCAUAACAAGAAAUUAAUAGUUAAACAAGUAUGGCACUGAUUCAGGCAGCAUUGGGAGCAUGGGAGACCCUGAAAAGAUUUGAAGACCAAACUAUGUUUGCUAAAAAAUCUAAGCGUCUGACCACUUAAUUUACCUCUUAGCUGAUCUUGGUUAGAUUACAAAUUGACAGAAACUUUUCUUUGUGUAAAAAAUGGAAAAAAUGAAAAAUAAAAGGAGCCCACCCAGCCGUCCACGUCUACCAACACAAAGCAUGUUCAAACUCAGAAAUGGGACAUCCCACUCAAGUCUCAGAAUCGGUGAAUAUGAUCAAGAGCCAGACUCCUUGCAUUCAGAAAGAGACAUAUCAAGUGAGGACUCUCCUCCAGAGAAACCGGUCAACGGGAAACACACCAGCAUACUCCCCAGUCAGGUCCCCUCCCAUCUCCUCAUGAUCUCCAUUCUGGAACACUUGUGUCAAAUGUAUGCCCAGGAUGCUGAACAAGGGAAGAAACUCUUCCAAGCAAUAACAGAGCAGCUCGUCAAGCACCACUAUGUGGCGCCCCCUACUGUGUUGGAUGAGAUGAAGAAUAUCAGGUCCCAAUACCGCUUCUUCAUGAACAACAUGAUGAAGGCAGCCAUGUUGAAGAUAUCACAGACCCCAGCGCUGCCAAGUAGCGGAAGUACAUGUAGUUUACCAGGGUUGCGCCAUCAGAUUUCCUUUGUGUCUGCCGAUGAAAUGCUCCAAAUGCAGACUUCAAGGUACAACUCAGAAUUCACAGAAAUCUGCAAAAUUGGCAAAGGAGGCUUUGGAGCAGUAUAUAAGGCAAGGCACAAUCUGGAUGGAAGGAUGUAUGCAAUCAAGAAAAUCAAGUUCAGACAUUCCAAACCUGAAGUCUGGAUGAGGGUUCUGAGAGAGGUGAAAGCAUUAGCAUCUUUACAACAUGGAAACAUAGUUGGAUACAAUGCAGCCUGGCUAGAAUAUGCAACAAACUUUGGUGCCGAGUGUGGUGACAGAACCCCAUCCUCUGGAGCAGAUCUAAGCUUCCAACCCAAGAGUAAAGAUACAGACGACAGUGUAGUGUUUGCUUCUAUGGACACAGGUGAAGGAAUAAACUUAGUUGUACAAAACAGUGUGUCCGUCUCCACCUCUUAUAAUCCUUCAUUUCGGGGUCUCCACGUGGAGGAACUAGACGCUAGUGAGUCGGAGGGCGUCUGUAAGGCGUGUCUCCUGGAUGAGAGGAGUCAGGAGGAGGAGGGCGGUCCCCCAACUGGGCUUGUGAAGAAGCCCCCCAAACACAGCUGUGCCAAAAAAUUCUUUGAUACUGAAUUUACAGGGACGUACUCUUCCCUGCAAGCGACAGGGACUGUUGAUAGGGGGCGGGCCUGGGAGGUGGUCGAUACUAAUGGAGUGUUCUGGAAUAGGCAGCUCAGAGUGAAGAGGAGUAUCAGUUACGACCAUAUGCCCUUUCCUGUUGAGAAAGAUGAGAAAAAUGAAAACUUUGAUUUCAGUGUAAGUUUAUACAUUCAAAUGGAACUAUGUAGUCUUACACUUAAAGACUGGCUGCAGCAGCGAAAUCAGAAGUGUACGGAUCAGAAAGAUCUGGAAGAUUACUCAAUAUACAACAUGAAGAUAUUUAAGCAGAUUUUGAAGGGUGUAUAUUUUAUCCAUAGCAACGGGCUUAUUCACAGAGAUCUAAAGCCAAGAAACAUCUUCUUGCAUGAGCCAGAGCUGCGUGUGAAGAUAGGCGACUUUGGACUAGCCAAGGAUGAUCUAGUCAAAGAAUCAGACGACAUUCUACUCACUCCCUCUCCUGUUGAUUUAUAUGAUGAGUUUGUGUGGGAGAAGCACACAUCGGGAGUCGGGACCUCAACCUACGCUGCACCGGAACAGCUGGAGGGCACUCUGUACAACUACAAGAGUGAUGUGUAUAGUCUGGGUGUUAUAUUGUUUGAAAUGUUCCACACAUUUCAAACAGAAAUGGAAAAGUUUCACUGUAUGGACAAGCUCCGGAAGAAUAAGGAACUAGACCAGGAGUUCCUGCAGAAUUGGUCACUUCAUGCUGACUUUGUGAGGAGAAUGACAUCCACCCUCCCUGGGGAGAGGCCGUCCGUGAGGGAGAUCUUAGACAGCGAGUUGGUCCUCACCAAAGACCAGAUUAUUCAGAAUCUCAGAAAAACUCAUGAAGAUAAAGAUGAUGAAAUUCAAAGACUCAAAGCAGAGAUUGAAGAACGAGACAGACAAUUAAACAAAAUUCGAAAUAAAUUAGGAAAUGUGCCAAAUCUGUGCGACAGAUGAUUUAGGAAGUGGAUUUUAGGUGUUUUCACUACAUGUUUUUUUGUAAUAUACAGUAUGCAGCUCAAUCUAUCACCAAUAGUCACUGUCAUCAGUUUUUAAAUAUCUGUAGGAGAAUUUUGAUUUACAAUAUCUAAGUUUUUUGUUACAUUCUCCUAAAAAAUAACAUGCUGGAUAUCUUUUAUUCUUAAUUUCUGUCAACAAUAUGACAGAUUUAGCUCCCCUGUUACUAGGUAUUCAGGAAUAAAAAACAAAUUAAUAAAGUCAUACCGGUUUACCUAUGCAAAAAUCUGGAUCACCUUCUGAAAAGUCAAAUCUAUGAAAAAAAAACCUCGAAUUUUUAAUUAUACUUACUGGUAAUCUUGGAAGUGAAACAUUAAAUCAAGCAAAUCUUUUCCAUCAUGUGUCUCGGGAAUCAUUCAUUAUCAUUGACAAUAUUGUCUGCACCAUUCAUUCAAUGAUAUGUAUCUAUUCGGGUACAUGACAGUGACUCUCAAGCCAAUGUAAAUAUAUGCCUAUUAUGCACUUGCCAUGGUAUGUACAUGUGUUUGCUGUGUUUCCCUGAUAGUUGAUGUGAAUUUCUUUUAAUUCAAAGUUUGAAUGUUAUGUAUAUACAAAUAUUGCUGUUUAUUUUAUUUACCUGUUGAACAUUUUAAAAAGUUGGUUUUUGAAAUAAAUUUGAGUUUUUAUUUCCACAUA